CGAGUCCGCAGCCCACCCACCCUGGGCUCGGGAGAGGUGCAGACCCCUGCCUCUAAACCCUCGCCAGGGCGCGAGGAAGCCACCCUGGGCCUGUCCACAGGAGAACGUGGUUUCAGCUGUGGGGGGCCUCGAGCAGGCCUCGCCCAUUCUCCCUGACCCGAGGAGAGGCCUGGCGCCUCACCCUCGCCCAGUCUUUGUGCCGGGCGCCGGCGGCCAUUGUGUCCGUGCGGGGAAUGGAGGACCCGGCAGUCCCCCACCGCCACGACCAGGGCCUUUGGGGAAUUCAGAAAAAGCCAGCAGCGUUUCUGGGGGGUCCCCGGCUUUCCGCCUCCCUGAAAGGCCCGGGGAUGGCCUUUCCGAAGUCAGACCGCAGAUACGAGGCAGUUUCCCCCUCCCUCCGUCCCUCAUCGAAACCUUGAGCCCCAUUGAGAAGUCCCUUUAGGGUUUCAGUAAACCUCACCCUGGGCUGGUACUUAAAUAGAAGAAAAACAAAAACUAAAUCUCACACCAGCCACCUCCGGGAGAGUUCUCCUGGCUCCCAGUAGGAGGCGGAGAGCCAAGGGGCGUGCAAGAGCAAGGGGGCUGGGCUCCCGGGCCGCGGCUGCUGAAGCGGCCGCCCUCGAUCUGGGCGAUGGAGGAGGAAGCAGGCGAGGGGGCCGGUUCCUGAGCUUCGUAAUUCCUGUGUCGCCUUCUGGGCUCUCAGUCUGCCGGGUCGCAUGAUCCCUCCAGCCGGAGCUGCUUUUUUUGCCAGCCGCCGCGAGGCCGGCUGAGUUACCGGCAUCCCGGCUGCCACCUCCUCUCCCGACCUCUGAUACAAAAGAUCUUCCGGGGGCUGCACCUGCCUGCCGGUCGCCUGAGACGGAUUUGAAUCUCUUUCUCUCCCUUCAGAACCUUAUUUUGGCUUUGGAUCUCAGAAGAGAACCACUAAGCAGAGACCAGACUCAGUGAGUGAGCAGGUGUUUUGGACAAUGGACUGGUGGAGCCCAUCCCUAUUAUAAAAAUGUCUCAGAGCAACCGGGAGCUGGUGGUUGACUUUCUCUCCUACAAGCUUUCCCAGAAAGGAUACAGCUGGAGUCAGUUUACUGAUGUGGAAGAGAACAGAACUGAGGCCCCAGAAGGGACUGAAUCAGAAGCGGAAACCCCUAGUGCCAUCAAUGGCAACCCAUCCUGGCACCUGGCGGACAGCCCCGCGGUGAAUGGAGCCACUGGCCACAGCAGCAGCUUGGAUGCCCGGGAGGUGAUCCCCAUGGCUGCAGUGAAGCAAGCGCUGAGGGAGGCGGGCGAUGAGUUUGAACUGAGGUACAGGAGGGCAUUCAGUGACCUGACGUCCCAGCUCCACAUCACCCCAGGGACAGCGUAUCAGAGCUUUGAGCAGGUAGUGAACGAACUCUUCCGGGAUGGGGUGAACUGGGGUCGCAUUGUGGCCUUUUUCUCCUUCGGUGGGGCACUGUGCGUGGAGAGCGUAGACAAGGAGAUGCAGGUGUUGGUGAGUCGGAUCGCAACUUGGAUGGCCACUUACCUGAAUGACCACCUAGAGCCUUGGAUCCAGGAGAACGGCGGCUGGGACACUUUUGUGGAACUCUACGGAAACAAUGCAGCAGCUGAGAGCCGGAAGGGCCAGGAGCGCUUCAACCGAUGGUUCCUGACGGGCAUGACUCUAGCUGGGGUGGUUCUGCUGGGUUCGCUCUUCAGUCGGAAAUGACCAGACACUGACCACCUACUCACCUUCUCACACACACACCCCCCCCCGCCCCCACCACGUCCCUCCAUCCAGCCACCAUUGCCACCAGGAGAACCACUAUGUGCAGCCCACCGCCACCCACCCCUCACAGGGUUGGGCCUAACCUGGUCCCCUGCAGUUAGUUUCUAGAAUCUACCGUGCUUCUGUGAGAGCCGCUUUCCCCAACACCUCAGUUCUCCUGGCCUCAAAACCCACAAAGUUUCCCCCAAAUCUGCCCCAUGGAAGCUGGCAGGUGCCAGGGUGGUGGGGGGAUUGUGGCAGGGGCCAGAAUGCCCUGCCUAAUAGGUGGAGCCCCUCCCCCAGCCUCCCAGAGAAUGCUCUCCUGCCCAGGACACGGAGAACUUUCUGACCCUUUUCCCCAGAAAAAGAGACUAGAUUGCCUUCGUUUUGAUGUUUGUGGCCUCAGAAUUGAUCAUUCCUGUCUUCCCCCUCCCGGACCUGGGCUCCCCUUCCUUUCAUGCCCACCCUCCAAGAGCUACUUAGGGCCACUUCUGACUAAUUACGGAUUCAGGCUUCUUGGGAGAAAGUAAAAAGGACCAGGACCCUCUCCCCACCUCUGGCCUGGCCAAAGUCCCUACCCCCAAAUCCCAGUGUCCACUAGAGGCCUCUGGCUAGAGGUCAGCCCCACCCGGGAUGGAGGGGGCUGUAGCUGCAGGAAGCACCCCACGCCAAAGCUCGGGUGGCCCUCGCGGUUUAGCACCACCUCCGCUCCCUUCCCCUUCCUCUUCCCCGGCUCCCAUGACCAUGACUGAGGGACCAACUGGGCCCUAGACAGGUGCCCCAGAGCUGUUUAUGGCCUCAGCUGCCUCACUUCCUGCAAGGAGAUCAGCCUGUGGCAUCUUUGCCUUGGGCUGCUGCCCAUGGGGGUCAGGAGCCUCAGCCAGAGGUGAGGGGAGCUACAGGGAGCAGCUGUGGGAGCCCUAGGGUUUUCCCUACCUCAGGCAGGAAGGGCAGGAAGGAGAGCCUCGUGCUGCGGUGAAGGGAGGGCUGCUGGAGGGGCCAGACCUGCCUGCCUGGCCCAAACGAUUUGUGCACCACCCUCGUUCAGCCUGGGCAGCCGGGCUGCCGAGGUCAGAGUGGCCUGGCCAGGAGCUCUUCAGGCCUCCUUCUCUCCUCUGCUCUACCCAUGGCCUGUCUCAUCCCUGGGGGUCCCGGCCUAGCCCCGGCCACCCCGGGCUCUCUGCUGUACAUAUUUGAGACUAGUUUUUAUUCCUUGUGAAGAUGAUAUACUAUUUUUGUUAAGCGUGUCUGUAUUUAUGUGUGAGGAGCUGCUGGCUUGCUGUGCGUGUGCACGUGGAGAGCUGGUGCCCGGAGGUCGAACAGCCUGUUGCUCCCUCCCCUGCCCUGGUCCGGGGAAGCCAGCCGGGGGUCCUGGCUCCUGAGGGACACCUGUCCCUCCCCCAACCCCCACCCCACACUUGUUCCAGCUCUUUGAAAUAGUCUGUGUGAAGGUGAAAGUGCAGUUCAGUAAUAAACUGUGUUGAUUCAGUGAACAAA